CACAACCGCAACAUCGUGAUCGCCAACCUCCCUGGCCUCUCCUCGGCUUGGUCUGGUUUAUGUGCUGCCAGGGCCCUUCUUCUCUUUCUCAGGUAGGGAGGGAACCAUAUGUCGGAGCACAAUGGUCUCGACAUUAUCCACAUUUCGACUCGAUCUUCUUGUGGGAACGCCGCCGUCUUCAUGAGAUCUGCCGACGGGAGCUCGAAGAGGUCUCAUGUCAGACUCGCCUCAAUCCCAGGGAAGGGAUGUUACCCUCGCAGUUCCACUCGGUAUAUUAACUUGGUUAAUCAAUACGGAUAUUGGUUCCUGCGGCCGAAACCCCUCCGACCAAGCCGUCCGCCACACUGGCCCCGUCCCUUCGCAAUACCCCUUUUGUCGUCGCUUCCUCGUCUUUCCCCUCCGGCUUACCGACUUACCGGCUUACCCCAGAUUAGCAUCGCUAAGAGCAGGUAGACGCACCAGUCACAAGGUAGGAAGUAUCUACGAUCGCCGUAAAAUUUGCCCGAAAUGGAGCUGGGGAACUCGUGCAGUUCCUGUGCCCCUUCCCACCCCUUACCUUACUGUUGGUUGCGAGAUCGGCAGCUGUGGAAGUGUGGUUGCAAGCUUGCCGGGCUUCGCCCCGUGGCGGUCAGUAUAUAAGGUAUAUACCUUAUAUAUAAGCUUCCUUAGUCGGACCCCUGGACCAAGCCAUCUCUGGCUUGAACGGGUCCUCUCUUCCCUUCUUCUUACUCAGUCAUUGCCUUAGGUGUCGCCCUCGUGUCGUGACAAAGCGACUCUCUCUGUCGUUGCGUAUCCGUACCGAACAGUGCGGUCCCUUUCUUCUUCCCUCACCCCUUUUCCUACCCCCCCACACCCUUCC